GGAACAACAGCUUUACUACUUGCAAGCCAGCACGGACGACGCGACAUCAUUCGUGUUCUUGUUGAUGGUGGCGCGUUCAUUGACUUGCAGGACAGCGCAGGAAAUAGCGCGUUGAUGAUAGCUUCGGCGAAGGGCAAUGCUGGAGUCGUGGAGUUGCUUUUAAACAGCGAAGCAGCUGUAGACCUGACGAACAACAGUGGAUGGACUCCACUGAUGCUCGCUUCGCAACAAGGCUACUCGGGUGUGGUGCAGGCUUUGGUACGGAAGGGGGCACACAUUAAUCAUCAGAGUCCGACUGGAACAGCAGCUCUACAGGUUGCAAGUCAGCACGGCCGUCGCGAUACCGUUCGAGCUCUA